AUGCCGUACCCAUCUCAUUACGAUAAUCACCAUGGCAAUAGAAGAACAGUUGGAAUAUCCAAUCCACUGCUUGUAAAAAUUCAAAGAGCUUGUAGAAAGACAUUACAUUCGCCAGAUUUAGCAUUAAAUUUAGAAAUUGCUGAUUUGAUUAAUGAAAGACAAGGUGCAUAUCCUAGAGAAGCAUGCAUUACAUUAGUUAAAUUAAUUAAUUGUAGAGAUUUACAUACCGCAAUUUUUGCAUUUGCUUUAUUAGAUAUCCUUGUGAAAAAUUGUGGAUAUCCAGUUCAUUUACAAAUUUCAAGAAAAGAAUUCUUAAAUGAAUUAGUGAAAAGAUUCCCUGAACAUCCACCUGUUUAUUAUUCUGAUAUACAAAAAUUAAUAUUAACAGCAAUUGAAGAAUGGUAUCAAACUAUUGCAAAACAUGGUGAGAAUAAGAAAGAUAUGGGUUAUAUUAGAGAUAUGCAUAGAUUAUUAAAAUUUAAAGGUUAUAAUUUCCCAAAGAUUGAUUCAAAGGAUCUAGCUGUAUUGAAACCGAAGAGACAAUUAAAAACUACAAAAGAAAUUCAAAGAGAACAAGAUAUUAAACAAGCUGCUAAAUUAGAAGAACUAAUUAGACGUGGUUCUCCACAAGAUUUAUUGGAAGCAAAUAAAUUAAUGAAAGUAAUGGCAGGUUUUAAACAAGAUAAUAUUAUUGAAGCUAAAAAAUCAAUGAACCAUGAAUUAAAUAAAUUGAAAGUUAAAGCUGAUUUAUUUCAUGAAUUAUUAAUUAAAAAACCACAAAUAAAUAAUAAUGAUGAUGAGUUAAAUCAAGUUUUUGAAGAGCUUUAUUCAAUUUUGAAAAUGGCUCAACCAAAAUUUGCAAAAAUUAUUGAAGAAGAAGAAGAAGAUGAAAAAUUAAUUCAAAAUGUAAUGGCUUUUAAUAAUUAUGUUGAUGAAUUGUUAAACAAAUAUCUCUUGAUGAAGGAUGGAAAAACAAAUAUUGAAAUAACCAAUAAUCAUAUAGAAUCGUUUUCGACAUCAAAAAAUGUAAAAUCUUCAAUCGAUACUAAUUAUAACAAUGCUGAAGGGGCGGUUGCUCAUGAGAUCAAUCUUAUUGAUUUUGAUGAUGAACCUUCUCAAUCAUCUUCCCCUAUACCUAAUGGAAUUACAAAAGCAUCUAAUGAUCCAUUUUCUGAUAUUUCUAACCAAAAUACGAAAGAAAAUAUCUCUGACAAUAAUUUAGUCGAUUUGUUAGGCGAUUUCGAUAAUUUGAAUCUUUCAAAUACAGUUUCAACCCAUCAAAAUUUUGGUAUGAAUGGUGAUAUUCAUUUGGGCACAGCUACUGUUGCUACUCCAGUUGUUACAAAUAAUAAUAUAAACGGAAUUAUCCCAGAAGCAUCUGACGAUUUAUUAUCCCUAAACCACAGUAGUAGCAGCAGCAGUAUCAGCAAUUCACCAAACUUCCAAGUACCAAAAAACCAGGAAAUAAUUACAGAUAGUACCGAUCAAAGGGUCUUAGUCAACCAGUCUAAUAAUGUCAAAAUUGAUAUGAUUCAGACAAAAUUAUCCCUGGAUACUCUUAGAUUAAAUCUAAUUAUGAGUAACAUUACUCCCUUGGAUGUUUCCAAUGUUACAUUAUCCUUAGCAGCUCCAAAAUCUGUAUCGUUAAAAUUGGAAACACAAUCCGCAGAUUACAUACCUGCUAAUAGAAGAGAUGGAGUAUCACAAGUUGCUAUACUUGAUAACAUUUCAAUGAAUUCUGGUAAACCAUUAAAAAUUAAAUGGAAGCUCAAUUAUAAAGUCAGUGGCUCUACUCCUAUCGAGGAAACUGCUGUAUUCACAUUACCUAAAAUUUAA